AUGGCGGCCGCAGGUUCCAGCGUGGUGAGGCGAGUGGAAGAGCUCGGGGACCUGGCUCAGGCCCACAUACAGCAGCUUAGCGAAGCUGCCGGCGAAGAUGAUCACUUUUUAAUUCGGGCCUCUGCAGCUCUAGAAAAAUUGAAACUUCUGUGUGGAGAAGACAAAGAAUGUUCAAAUCCAUCAAAUCUUCUAGAACUUUAUACACAGGCUAUUUUGGACAUGACAUAUUUUGAGGAGAACAAACUAGUAGAUGAAGAUUUUCCUGAAGACUCUUCACAGAAAGUAAAAGAGCUGAUCAGUUUUCUUUCAGAACCAGUAAUUUUAGUUAAAGAAAAUAAUAUGCAUCCAAAACCCUGCGAUUUGCUUGGGGAUGAACUCCUAGAAUGUCUCUCUUGGAGACGGGGAGCCCUACUCUAUAUGUAUUGUCAUUCUCUGACCAAAAGGAGAGAGUGGCUCACAAGAAAAUCCAGUUUGCUUAAAAAGUACCUUAUUGAUGGAAUCAGUUACUUGCUACAGAUGCUAAAUUAUCGGUGUCCUCUCCAGUUAAAUGAAGGAGUUUCUUUCCAAGAUUUAGACACAGCUAAAUUACUGAGUGAAGGAAUAUUUAGUGACAUUCAUUUGCUGGCUAUGAUGUACAGUGGAGAAAUGUGUUACUGGGGAUUGAAGCAUUGUGCAGAUCAACAGCCAGAAAAUCACGAAGUGGAUUCCGGUGUUUCUGGAGCAAGCUACACGACACAAAAAGAACCCUUGGAUUUCCGAGAAGUAGGAGAAAAAAUUUUGAAAAAGUAUGUAUCUGUGUGUGAAGGACCCCUGAAAGAACAAGAAUGGAAUACAACAAAUGCAAAACAAAUUUUAAACUUCUUUCAGCAUCACACUAACCAGUAAGUUCAUCUGUUCCUUUUCAAACAGGAAAACAAAACAACCCGUGAAAUGGAAAAGUUCCAGAAAAGAAGACAUAUUGACACUGUUUAAGAAUGUUACACUACAUAAAGAUAUCCAGCCUGGUUACCUAUUUUAAUGCCAUCUCCAUUUUACAUUAUAUGUUUUUAAAUCUAUGAAAGAACGAUUCUUUAAUUUCUAAGAUGGCAUGUAUGUUAUUCUAACUCAGCCUGAACUGCAGAUAUUCUAUAACUAAUACUAAGUAGGAAUC